CUGUGAGAGCGACGUCCUCUUGAGUGUUACGUUCCACUGUGAUCUUCUGGGCGAAGAAAAGCGAAUAAAGAUCGUUUCUGGAGAAUCAUUUAGUGAAUAUUUGGACUUCAUCUUCCAUGGCGUCCAAAUGCUUGUCCUGUAGUAAAGGUGUCACCACUCGUUCCAAAGCAGUGCAGUGCUCUGAAUGUGAUGGGUGGAUGCACAUCGCCUGCUGCGGCAUCUGUCCUGAUCAAUAUGUGCACUUGCAGCGAUUCACCUCGCCUGCCAUUAAUUUCUUUUGCGACAACUGCCGUGCCUCACUGAAUUGCAGGCGUCUUCUCGCCGGACUAUCUGCGUUGAGCAUUGAUUCUUCUUCUCCGACGAAGCCUGAUACGAUUCACGAUUCAUCUGCUCCACCGUGCUCACCAUCAACAUCUACCUCCGGUUGGAUCACCCCCAUAGGCAAGCGAAGUCGAACCACGUCCACUACGCAUACGGAUCCAUCUACACAGAUCCUGCCCACUGAUCCCACCACAAGAUCUUAUGCGGCAGUUGUGAGGGAAAGCGCGGUCUCUGUUCCUAUUUGCAAAAGCCCGACUACAAGUGGCGUCAAGUCCAGGCCUAAGCCCGUCGAGAAACCCAAACCUAAGCUAUCAUCUCAGUCUCAAAUGAAGCUUGUUCUCGACAGACUAUCUGAGCUUGAGAAAGCUGUCAAGGAAAAUCCGCCCCGUAGCAAGCCACAUGUUCCUGAACGUACCCAGCCAUCUCGCGACCGUUGUCUUAUCAUCAUGAACGCAGCGGAAUCGGAAAAACCAACCCCUGCAGAAAGAAUACUAGAUGACCAAACACUGCUUGAGCGAUUGGUCUCAUUGCUAUUUGAUAAAGGCGAACAGGGAAUCAAUAUUGUAUCUGCCUUCCGUCUUGGUAAAAAACAAGAGGAUAUCUCGAGAAAUCGCCCCCUUAAAAUCGUUUGCCGGGAUGAGGAGGAAUGCCGACGCAUCCUGCGAAGGACCUCGCGUCUCAAAGGCGAGCCAUUCUAUGUACUUCGUGACCUCUCACCAGAAGAUCGAGUCAAAAUGAAAAAGGCCGUAGAAGAACUACGUACAAGACGGGGAAGUGGUGAAACAGACCUCCAUAUUGUGGAUUUUCGAGUAGUUCGAAGGACUCCGAAAACCCGUUGGAGGCCCAUUCUCCUCACCCCCGGACAAUAAACUAUAAGGUCCCGCUGGAAACCACUGUUCGUCCUCCCCGGGACUUAAAAACAAUGAGAAAGAAUGGACUACAGGUGUUGGUUGCAAAUGUCCGUAGUCUCAGAAACAAAUUUGACGAGGUACACGCUCUUACCGCAAAGCUACUUCCUGACCUGUUGGCCUUCACUGAGACCUGGCUCACUUCAGACAUCUCCGACUCUGAGAUCCACAUCUCAGGAUACCAACUUUUCCGUACUGACCGAUCUGGAGCUAGAGUUGGUGGUGGUGUAGUUCUCUACUGGAAAGAGGAUCUUAAAGUUCAUCUCGUAGAAGCCGUCAGCGACGCUGUUGGUGGCGCAGAGCUACUCUGGUGUAGGAUCAACGAUGGCUUCAAAUCCCUUAUGGUUGGCGUCAUCUACAAAGCCCCGUGGGGACAUGGUACUUCUGUACUAGACUUUAUCAACUCGCAUGGAAACCGCAGAGAUUGUCUUAUUGUGGGCGACUUCAAUGCCCCGCAUGUCAAUUGGGAUCUACUACACUGCCACCUUUCACCCGAGUCAUUUGACACCAACCUCCUUGAAACUGUCCUCAAAACGAAUCUCACCCAGCAUAUAACAUCGCCCACCAGGCUUCUUCCCGGCCAGACUCCGCACAUUCUUGAUCUUGUGCUCACUCCGUCUCUGGCAGAUGUCUCAGAAUUGACCCUUCUACCACCCAUAGGCAAAAGCGACCAUUGUACAAUCUCCUUCCUAUGGACUAAACGUCUAGCUAUCCGAACCCGGAGCGCACACCGUCGCAACUUCUGGCGAACCGACGCAUUCAAGCUAAGGGUGGCAGCAGGUACAUUGGACUGGAAUGUUCCACAACACUUAGAUCUCGAUGCUGCUUGGAACGAUUUAUUCCGCAAAUUGAAGCUCCUCAUCGAGGAGGCCGUCCCACUCAAGAGGAACAGGCCUCUUUCUAAGGGUCCCCCUGGAUCGACCGAGAACUCAGGGCCAACAUGAAACAACGACGAAAACUAUGGGACAGAUUCAAGCUUUCCCGCUUAGACUCAGACUACUCUAAAUACAAAGCCAUCAGGAACUUCUGCUCCCUGCAGAAACGUGAAAAGAGACAACAAUACGAACAUAGCCUGGCCGAACAAUCUCUCUCUAGGCCAAAGAUACUAUUUUCAUACC